AUGAUUUCCCAGGAGGAUAUGUCCUGCUUGAUGACAGCGUUUCAGACACAGAAGCGGAAGCUGGAGGAGCAGAUUUGUAAAAUGUCUUACAACAAAUCCCGCAUCACUGUGAGUGACAAUUUCGAGCGUCAGCAGAUACAGCAGAGAGAAGAGAAAAUGUACAGCUACAUUAACUUCAAACCAGGCUUCAAUCACAACGAUAUCAAGAUCUCUGUGUGGAAACGUUUACACAAGAGGGUCCUUCCAGCCCCAGAGUGUCUGAAGCUGGAUUCCCCCACAGCCUACCCCAUGCUGGAUCUCAGCCAGGGAGACACUGUGGUGGAGUGCGGAGCUCUUCUGAAGCGGCUCGCCAACAACCCUGAGCGCUUCAAUUAUUGUGUGCUGGCCAGCCGGGGCUUCUCCUCCGGGAAACACUACUGGGAGGUGCGUGUGGGAGACAAGCCCAAGUGGCACCUAGGGCUGAUAAAGGGCACUGCCGGCUGCAAGGCCAAGCUCCCCAAGAGCCCAGAGAGCGGUGUGUGGCUGAUCGGCCUGAAGGAGGGCCGUGUGUACGAGGCCUUUGCCAGCCUGCGGGUCAUCCUGCCCCUGGCCACUCAGCCCACCAGGAUCGGGGUGUUCCUGGACUAGGAGGGCGGAGCGCUGACAUACAGCGCAGACAGUCCAGAUGAGCAGGGGGUCAUCUAUAUGUACAACACAGAGCUGCAGGGGAAGGUGUACCCGCUGUUUGACUUGUGCUGGCAUGAGCGGGGUGCCAACAAGCAACCCAUCUCCCUGCCUCAGCCCCACAAGGACAAAUAA